AUGGAAAUAUCACGUGACUAUGCGAGCGUAUUCACAACAACCAUCAGUGGACUGGCCAAGGUCAAGCUGAGGGGGUUCGACUACCUCCCCAUCGAAGAAAUCCACCAGCUGAUUGCGUCUAGUGCGCUCAAAGAUGGCUCCCACUUCAACGAGUUCACGAUGCACGUCUUCGAGAAUACUGUUUGGUUUUCAGAAAGCGAGGAUGGCUCUACCUUCCCAGAAAUCCCCUUUGCAAGUAUACUUCAAGUGGUUAUUCUCCCCACCUUCCCUAACGUCUGUUUCAUACAUUUUCGCCGAAGUAAAUAUGGAAUGUAUGUGAUAUUCAGAGUGCAGAAGGUGGUCCAUAUUGCUCAACUGACGGAGCUGAUUAAAUCGUGGAAUGCGUGUAACUAUGACAGUUCUGAGGAGGAAAUACCACCGUCACCAGAGCCACCUCGCCCCGAGCCUCCUAGAGCGUCAAAAGAAGAAAAACAAGAAGUUCGGCACAUCGUGAUUGUGCGUCGAGAAGACGACAACGAACUCGAUGCAGGCAGGCACGUGAAGGUGCCGAUGCGAACGGAAGCCACUCAGACUGCUUUUCCUUCGAUCAAGCUAAAGGUCAAGGAGGCAGAAAAUGGUAGCCAUGUCAAUGGAAUGCAAACCAAUCCUCCUGAUGUGGUGGACCAAAUCCCUCGGAGUCCUGAAGUGAAGACACCGGUGACGUGGAAAAUGGCUGAAAAGCCAAGAGUACGAAUCAGUCUGCCUCCAGCGAGGAAUGAUUCUGAUUCAAGUCUAAGCAAUGAUUUCACUCAGGGUAUAAGGAAAAAGCCAAGGAAUAAACCUGGAACAUAUAAAAAAAUUCUGCCAUCUGAAAAACGGUUGAAUGGACGGAGGGAUUUUAAAAGGCCAGACAAGCACCAAAGGUCGACAAGUCAACACCGUGGGAUCUAUCCAAGGGAUUUGUCCGGCUUUUCAAGGGACGCUUCGUUUGACUUGUUUGAUUCCCGCGGUCACGAAGUGCGAAUUAUUUACCCAAAAUACAAAAACUUUCGGACAGUGUUGCCGGAGGCCCGACAAAGCGACCGCAUGCGGCAUAAGUGA